AUGGUGGCAGCUUGGGGUGAGAUCUGUCGCCGAUGCGUCACUACUGCGGUGGAAAUCCCGGUUCAGAUCUUACUCAUUGCUGCCCUAGCCACAUUGCUGGGACUAUUUGUGCUGUUCUCAAUAUUUAUUUCUUUUGUUGCGCCAGUCCCACGAGAACCCCUACCAGAGGAAAAGAAGUACCGAACCCUGGCCAAAGACGGAUCCGUGACCGACCCGGAACCCCUACCCUGCUGGCUCGACAGCCUAGACGCCAAGGAGAGUGACUCAACCCCCACCACAGCCCACACAAUCACACCAGCCGAGCUGUUCAUGUCCGUUGUAGUGCCAGCCUACAACGAGGAAGACCGGUUAACUGGCAUGCUGGAAGAAGCCGUCAACUAUCUGGAGCACAUGUACGGGGACACAGCCAGUGCGAUCGCCAGAGCCAACAGCCCAGGCACAAUGGAGACGCGCUCAAUGCGCAAACGCAAGCCGAAUGGAGAUACCACCAGUGACGCCGCAGGCUCGGCCUCAGACCGCGGCUGGGAGAUCAUCCUCGUCUCAGACGGGUCGACAGACCGCACUGAGGAAGUGGCAUUCCGGUUUGCGCGGGACCACCAGCUCUCUCUGCACCCCAAGGGACACGCGGGUCCGUGGACGCCGAAGGCUGCGGAGGGCGCUCAUAUCCCGCCCGGCACGAUCCGCGUCGUGAACUUGACUCAUAACCGUGGCAAGGGCGGCGCGGUCACGCAUGGUAUGCGCCAUGUCCGUGGGCAGUAUGUUGUCUUUGCGGAUGCGGACGGGGCGAGUAAGUUUGAUGAUUUGGGGAAGCUUGUUGGGGCUUGUCGAGAUGUGGAGGAUGCGAAGGGGCGGGCGGUUGCGGUUGGAUCGCGGGCACACAUGGUUGGGAGUGAGGCUGUGGUCAAGCGAUCCAAGCUUCGCAACUUCUUGAUGCAUUCGUUCCAUUUGAUCCUGUGGCUCAUGACGCCUCCUAAAACUGCUACUGUCAAGGAUACACAGUGCGGAUUCAAGCUGUUCUCUCGCAGUGCGUUGCCUUACAUCGUGCCGUACAUGCAUUCCGAGGGCUGGAUCUUCGAUGUUGAGAUGCUCAUGCUGGCCGAAUUCGCUCGGAUCCCUGUGGCUGAGGUGCCCGUGGGAUGGAGGGAGGUCAAGGGUAGCAAAUUGAAUGUUCUACGAGAUAGUCUUGGUAUGGCUUGGGGUCUGGCCGUUCUGCGAGCAGCUUGGUCGCUAGGUGUGUAUAGACAGCGAUGA